AUGGCUCCUGCUGCUGCUCAUACCACUGAUGGCAUUGCAUCGACAGUUGAUGUGCAGUCUCUGCCACCAUUCUGGCGCCGGAAGAAUGGUGUACUGCUAUGCUUCCUACUCACCCCGUCUUUAUUAGCGAGUGCUGCUCUGGGAAUUGACGGAUCAAUGACAAACGGUAUGCAGGUUCUGCAAUCUUGGCAAGACCAGUUUGGACAUCCUGAAGGCUCUAAGCUGGGGAUUUUCGGAGCCUCCAAUGCAAUUGGUGGUGUUAUACCCUUCAUCUUCUUCAGCUGGAUUAGCGAUAAGUUCGGACGGCGCUUGCCGACUUCAUUGGGUUCCGUUGUCAUUAUCAUUGGCGUGUUCAUCGAGUUCUUUGCCACUUCCUUGAACAUGUAUAUUGGAGGCAAAAUCGUGCUUGGCUUUGGGUCCUCGUUGAUCCAAAUGGGUGCUCCUGUUCUGGUUACCGAACUCUCUCACCCCAAGGAGCGUGUCCAGAUAACUACAUUCUACAACACGUCAAUCGUCCUUGGGUAUGUGAUUGGCGCAUGGGCGACUUUUGGCUGCUAUCGAAUUAACAGUCAAUGGUCCUGGAGGCUUCCGACUCUGAUCCAAAUUAUCCCAUCCGCUUACCAGUUCUGUUUGAUAUGGUUCUGUCCAGAGUCUCCUCGUUGGCUGAUUGCAAAAGGUCGCCAUCAAGAAGCUCGUGAGAUCCUGGUCAAGUAUCAUGGGGAAUGCAACCCUAAUUCAGAAUUGGUAAUUUUCGAGGUCGAUGAAAUUCAGCAAGCAAUCGACGCUGAGGCUGAGAACAAUUUAAGCUGGAAGGACUUCUUUUCUUCAGUUCCCAAUCUUAAGCGUAUUUUUCUAUGCUUUGCUACCGCAGUGUUCAGCCAGAGCUCUGGUAACCUUCUGGUAUCGAACUAUCUCACUCAGAUCUUGAAGGAUACGGGCUUAAAAACUGAAUAUGAGAUCACCCUUGUUAAUGGGAUGGUCACGUUGUGGCAGUACAUCGUCGCGAUCGCCGUUACAAUUAUGAUCGAUCGCUUCCGCCGCCGCUUCUUCUUCCUUACCGGCUCAGGCGGCGUGGUCAUUACAUUUGUGGUUUGGACGAUUGCAGCCCAGCGCUAUCUUGAGCAUAAUUCACUCACGGCUGGACGGCUGGUAUUAGCGUGCAUAUUUGCAUUCCAGGCAUUCUACACUCUUGCAUGGACAAAUCUCAUCGUCACUUAUCCUCUUGAAGUCGUCACUCUCCAGAUGCGCGCCAAAGCGUGGGCUUUCGUCCUGCUCACCAUCCAGGUAUCUUCUAUUUUUGGCAGCUAUGUCAACCCGAUUGCCUUGAAGAAUAUUGGAUGGAAAUUCUAUAUAUACUAUUGCAUUUGGGUCCUUAUAAUCUUCUUAGUGGUUUAUUUUUUCUUUGUUGAGACUUCUGGGCCGACCCUAGAAGAGCUUAUCUACUUAUUUGAGGGAGAUGAAGCCAAAUCUCGGACGACAGAGAAGCUUGCGCAGCAGAAAGAGCAAGUUGAAUUAGUGGAAUAUGCCAAGGAGACUGUAAAUCCAUAA